CAUUCUUUGUUUCUUAUAGAGUUUAUGGCUGGAAAGUAAACAGAAAACAUUUAAAAAAUGAUAAAAAUCAACACGCCGUACUGUGUGUUUGUGAUGUUAGUAACAGAAAUUACAACUUUUGUAAGUUUUGGCAUGGUAUUAGCUGCACUAAACCCGACCAAAGCUUCUAUUGAAGUGUUUAUAAAUAGCAGCCACGUGAUCCGCUAUGGUGAACCAGCAAGCGCCGCCUUCACAAAACUUAUCAUCACAUUGUCACAAGCCAUGCUUAUCGUCGGUACAGUGGUCGGCUCUAUAAUAGUGCGAUUCUUGAUGGCGAAGCUUAGUCGAAAGGAAAACAUGCUGUCAGUUCACGUUGUCAUGAUUAUAUCUGCAAUAUGUAUGGGCCCAAUGCCGCCUAUACUCAACUCUUACGAAAUCCUCAUUGUCGGCCGUUUUCUGACUGGGAUUUCGCGUGGCUUGGCUUUUGCGUCCUGCCCUCUGUACAUUGCGGAAACAGCUAACCGACAGACCCUUUUCCUAUGGCAGAGUCCUUCCGGAUGGCUUAUACAACUCGGUGCUUUGCUUGGGAAUGGAAUCGGCCAUGUAAAAGUAAUGGGUGGCGAAGAACUAUGGCCUUACUUUAUGAUUAUCCCUGGACUCUUUUCAGUAGUCUAUGUGGUCUGCUACUAUUGGCUACCUGAGACACCACCGUAUUUAUUACGGCAGAAAAACAAGCCAGAAGCUCAACGGGAUUCAGAGGCGUUGGCUUUGCUUACAAAACUUCGGACUGGCAGCCCGGAUGUUUUAGAAAAAGAACUUCAAGCUUUAAAAGAAGAAAUUGCAGCUGAUGCUUCCGUUGAAAAAGCUAGUGUAGUUCAAAUAGCCAAAGACCCAAAGUACCGAAUGCAACUUCUUGUAUGUAUUAUGCUUAUGAGUUCUUUACAGGCAGUCGGCAUCCAGCUUAUUUCUCAAUACACUGAUGAUAUCUUUAUAAACGCGAACAUACCAAAGGAAUACGCGACCUAUGCUUCAAUAGGUACCUUCGGAUUUUCCCUUCUCGCUUCAUUUUGUGGUACUUUCUUUCUUUUACGCGUUGGGGGCCGAACCAGUAUGCUUACAGGCCUAAGCGUUAGCUCUGUAGCGUUAAUAGGACUUGCAAUCGCUACAUUUGGUAAAGCUAUUCCAUCAAUGGCUUACUUAAGCGUUGUUGCUACUGUCAUUUAUCUUGCCGGCGUAGCAAUCGGUCCAUCUUUAACUUUUUUCUCCCUCUCCUCCGAACUAACGACUCAAGUUGUCCGACCUUCAGCGUUAUGGGUUGCAGGAAUUGUGUUUUGGUGUGAAGGAUCAAUUGUGUCCUUCGGAGCUCCAUAUAUGCUUCAGGCCACAGGAGGAUUUACUUACCUUUUGUUCCUGGCUCUUAUUUUACUUGUGAUUGCUUUCAUCUUCCGGGUCGUUCCGGACACCCGCGGGAAAUCGGCCGCUGAAAUCCAGCGUCAGUUAGCAAAAGACCCCGAUGUCGACUCCACGCCAAUGCUGGAAGUAGCGAAACAAGAGGUGUAACUCAAACACACGUGGCUUAAUGUGCUUUCUUAGUGUUAUAAAACACUCAGUCCUAACUCGUAAGGCAUGAGUGCUUUCUGUGCUGUUGUGGAGUAUAGUGAAAUAUAGAUGCCCGAAGUUCAUUCAUUCGCAAGUUCAUGCAAAUUCCAACCAGCAUUGCACUGUUAGUGUAUUAUUUCCUAAUGGUUUAUUUAAAAGCUCCAUCAUUUUGUCGUUAUUGCUUCACUGCAAAGUUUCCCAAAAUGUAGAACUGACACCAAUUCGUGUCUUAAACGCACGCAAGAACUACGUCUCCGUUUAGUUGCUGUAUUUCCGGUGGCAUUUUCCCUUUGACAUAUUGCCAUUAAUCUAAUAUGGCUACGCAACCGCAAAAGUAUUAAUUUACGCGUGACCUGAUUACAAACAAUGUAUACCGGUUUGCGUUACGAAGAAAAAAAAUCCGAAACCACAUUUGUUUUCUAAAUUUAAAACCGCGCGCAUCACCUAAGAGCAUUUUAAUGUUCUUUCCAGUUCAUUAAAUACUGCGGGCUUUCUUAGUAAUGAUGAACCGCAACUAUCACUCGUGUAUGUAUUGCUUAUAAAUCAGCAAAUAUAUUUACACUAUUUUAAUUGAUAUAUAUAUGUACACAUCAGAUAUUUUAAUCAAUUUUUAAACUUCCAUUUAUAGGUGUUAUUUUUUAAAAUUAUUGCACCAAAGAUUUGGGCAUUUAUAACCCAGCGUGUUAAGACUCACUAUAGGCCAUUUCAAUCACAUUUUUGUUGUUUGUGCUUCAAAAUUAUAGCUACCAUUGCAUUUUAUACGUAA